UAUUUUCUGGCAUGCCCGGGCUCUGUUGAACCAAACCCCUCUGUCAGGGAUAUGGCUUGGUUUUUGUGUCUGUGUGUGUUCAUGGCUGUCAGCCUAACUUUGUUAGCACUACAGUUUAAGUUCAGGAUGUGUGCACGUGGCCCUGGGGAGCUUCCCUGCCUCCCUGCACUACCAUUAAUUGGCAGUCUGCUGAGCCUGCAAAGCCCAUCCCCUCCUCACGUGCUUUUCAAAGAACUGCAGGUCAAAUAUGGACAUACAUACUCACUGAUGAUGGGCUCCCACAAUGUAAUUGUCAUCAACCAGCACGUGCACGCCAAAGAAGUCUUGCUGAAGAAGGGAAAGACAUUUGCAGGAAGACCCAGAACUGUAACCACAGAUGUUCUGACCAGAGGUGGGAAGGACAUUGCAUUUGGAGACUACAGUGCUACCUGGAAGUUCCACAGAAAGAUAGUCCAUGGAGCUCUGUGCAUGUUCGGAGAAGGUUCUGCCUCCAUUGAGAAAAUCAUCUGUGCACAGGCCCAGUCUCUGUGCUCCACGAUGUCUGAGGCAGCAGCGUUCGGACUGGCCCUGGAUCUGGCUCCUGAACUGACUCGGGCUGUGACCAACGUUAUCUGUUCUCUCUGCUUCAACUCCUCUUACUGCCGAGGGGACCCAGAGUUUGAGGCCAUGUUGCGCUACAGCCAGGGCAUCGUGGACACUGUAGCUAAAGACAGCCUGGUGGACAUCUUCCCCUGGCUGCAGAUCUUUCCUAAUGCAGACCUCAGUCUCCUAAAGCAGUGUGUUUCAAUCCGAGACAAACUUCUACUUAGGAAAUACGAUGAACACAAGGCAGAUUACAACGAUCAUGUGCAGAGAGACCUGAUAGAUGCCCUGCUGAGAGCCAAACGCAGCACAGAGAACAACAACACAGCAGAGAUCAGUGUAGAGUCUGUGGGCCUGAGUGAUGACCACCUUCUUAUGACAGUGGGAGACAUCUUUGGUGCUGGUGUGGAAACCACUACCACUGUGCUCAAAUGGGCCAUCACGUACCUCAUCCAUCACCCAGAGGUGCAGAGCCGUAUCCAGCAUGAACUGGACAGGAAGGUAGGUGACAGCCGGACCCCCCAACUCACUGACAGAGGCAAUCUGCCCUACCUGGAGGCCACCAUUAGGGAGGUGUUGCGGAUCCGCCCUGUGGCACCCCUGCUCAUCCCCCAUGUGGCGCUCUGUGAUACCAGCAUCGGAGAUUUCACAGUGAGAAAAGGAGCCCGAGUCAUUAUCAACUUGUGGUCUCUGCACCAUGAUGAUAAGGAGUGGAAGAACCCAGAGCUCUUUGACCCUGGCCGAUUCUUGAACAGUGAAGGGACGGGACUGACAAUCCCAUCAUCCAGCUACCUGCCCUUUGGAGCCGGGCUUAGAGUAUGUCUAGGUGAGGCCUUGGCCAAGAUGGAGCUCUUUCUCUUCCUGUCCUGGAUCCUACAGCGCUUCACCCUCUCUGUCCCACCGGGCCACAGUCUGCCCAGUCUGGAGGGAAAGUAUGGAGUGGUCCUCCAGCCAGCCAAGUACAAGGUGAACGCCACACUCAGAUCAGGCUGGGAGAGACACAAGUGCCAGGCAGAAUAGUCCUGUGGCUUUAACCAUGUAGACACCACCAGGAAGGAAGUCAAACAUGCAGCAGUGCACUGGACAUUUUUUUGGUUAUAUGACAUGAAUUAUUAUUUUUCAGAAGUGUAACACAAUGUCCUGUAACUGUUCAAAGUAUUAUUUAUGACAUCAAAUUUGAAGUCUGAUAAGCAGUUUACUACUUUGAUGAACAGUUUGUAUACUAACAGAUGUCACUGUGCCAUGAAAACCACAACAUACUGAUGACAAAAAUCUAUAUAAGAAAGCAGGCUGUUUUCUAACUUUGACAUGUAAUUCUAAGCUUGGUUGUUCACCACAUACUCAGAGAUUCAUAUUUUUCUACUUGUUUUUUUGGUCUAAUAUUAGAUUAUAUGAAUAAUUUAAUAACAACAUCAAAGAUUUACUGCUAAAAUCUAAAACACAACGCUAUAAACAGGAAAUGUCUCAUAUAAUGAUUACAUCCCAAAAAACUGUAACCUGCUGUAUUUUGAUCCUUAGAAGACAAACAUUUGAAAAUCUUAUAAACUUUUCAAAUGUUUGUCAUGUAAAAGUAUCUACAUGACAGCUAUGACAAAAAUGUACUGCAGUGAAAGGAAAGAUAUUUUCUCCAGCAAAUGUAAAUAAUAUUUCAAUUCAGUUUUAUUCAUAUAGCGCCAAAUCACAACAAACAGUCGUCUCAAGGGGCUUUGUAUUGCAAAGUAAAGAUCCUACAAUAAUACAGAGAAAACCCAACAGUCA